AUGGUGUUUGGCAUUUUAUGCUGGGAGUACGUCUUGACCGUCGAUUACGAGUGGAGUGUCUGGAAAGGCAAACGCAAAUACCUUUGGACCAUCUGGGUGUACCUUACCUGCCGACUUUUCUAUAUGACAUGGGCGACUGUAAUGGUUAUGACACAGUUUGGAUGCAUCAAGAGCCAUAACUGUAGGGCCUUGUUCAUUGGUAUCAGGGUAUGCGCGUACUGCGCGAUCGCUGCUGCCACUCUGUUGAUCGCCGUCCGAGUAAUCGCUAUCUGGGGGUGUAGAAAGCUUGUGAUGGUGUGUAGCUAUGGCAUCGUGGCGGCGGGCUUCAUCGUCAACCUGAAGGACUUGACUAUGAUACGUGCUGCCUAUGAGCCUAGCACUUCUUCGCGACCAGAAAGUCUGAGGGUGCCUGCCACUACAGAGCCCCUGGGCUCAGCAGCACAAAGAGCAGGCUUUGCGGAGGAGCGUCCGGACAUAUGA